AUGUCAAUGAAAGCUACAGCUUGGCUUGCUGUUACUUGGAUGUUAGGUGCAAUGACUUCCACUGCAAUGAAGAUCUCCAACUCUUCUGCCUGCUCUCUAAAUAGGGGGUAUGAGGAAGGCUACCUGCAGGAAGGGGACAUCAUGCUUGGAAUCCUCCUAGAUAUAUUUGUUUUAAUGAAUGAUCGACAGGAAACCUUUAAAGAGCAGCCUCUGGGACUUUUUUUUGUCUUAUCGAGCUCCUCCUUGCAAUAUUAUAUCCACUUUCUUGCUGCCAUUUUUGCUAUUGAGGAAAUCAACAACAACUUGAGCAUUCUGCCUAAUGUGACCUUGGGAUUCCAUAUCCAUGAUUCCUGGGCCAAUGAGAGAAAAGCCAUUAGCAGUAUAUUUAGUAUGCUGACAGGGAGCAGUGAUUAUGUGAGUUAUGGAGCUAUAGAUUCUGCAUUUGGUGACAGAGUCCACUUUCCAUUAUUCUAUCGAACAGUAACAAGUGAAACUGCCCAGUACAAAGUAAUCAUCCAGCUUUUCAAACUCUUCAGAUGGAACUGGGUAGGGAUGAUAUUCUCUGAUGAUGAGAGCCACCAGAAAGCCAGUGAAGACAUGAAGAAUGAAAUAAAAAAGAAUGGAAUCUGUGUAGAUUACCUGGUUCAGAUUGGUGAAAAGAACCCUAGAAACUAUGACUUUGCUUUGCAAACCAUACGUCAGUCAAAUGCCAGUGUUGUCAUAGUUUAUAGCAGAGUGAACAUUUUUAUGGAAUUUCUUGUCACUGUGGCUAUUGACACCUCAUCAGUUAAUGUGGUGUGGAUAAUGCUAUCUCCUUUGUCAUUAGUUUCAGGAAACUUUUUUACUUAUGCAUUUAAUGGAUCCCUUGUUGUACUCUUUCAUCAUGAAAACAUACCAGGUCUUAAAGACUUUCUGUACAAGGCUAAUCCUUUAGAGUUUCCCAAAGAUCCAUUUACCAAUGCAGUCUGGUUACGGCUGUUUCACUGCCACUCUUCUCCUGAGAAAUCAUUCAAGUUCUACCAUAUAUGUAAUGCCAACAAUACACUAAAGCAAUAUGAGAGCUAUGGAUAUGAUGUGAAUAACUUCAGAUUAACAUACACUAUGUACAUUGCUAUAUAUUCUGUGGCGCAUGCCCUACAUGCCAUGUUUACUGGUAAAGCCAAUGACACUAAUAAAGUAACAGGUGGCUUGUUGCUAAAACAGUUAAACCAGCACCUAAAGGAAAUCAAUUUCAGAACAGACUCUGGGAAUGAGAUUUUCUUCAAUGAGGAAGGGGAAGUUCUGGGGAAUUUUGAUAUAAUAAACUGCAACAUUUUCCAUAAUGGAACAAAAACUGCAAGAUACGUUGGGACCUUCAUUUCAUCUCAAUCUCCAGGACUCUUCAUUGACAAAAAGGCCAUUCUUUGGGCUCCUCCAUUUAAUGGGAUCCCUGUCUCAAGUUGCAGUGCCAGCUGCCCAUCAGGCUAUAGAAAAGCUUUUGUUGAAGGAAAACAAGUUUGCUGUUAUGACUGUGUUCAGUGCUCAGAAGGAGAAAUAUCCCCAUCACCAGACAUGGAAAAUUGUUUAAGAUGUCCUGAAGACCAGUGGUCCAAUGAGAGUAGAGAUAAAUGCAUCAUGAGAACUGUUGACUUCCUUUCUUAUAAGGAGCCUCUUGGUGUGGCUCUAACCACCACUGCUUUAGUUCUAUCUUUUUGCUCAGCUGCAGUGUUUUGCAUCUUCUUAAAAUACAAGAAAAGUCCCAUUGUGAAAGCCAAUAAUCAGGAGCUCAGUUACAUUCUUCUUUUUUCCCUCAUGCUAUCUUUUCUUUGUUCCUUACUGUUUAUUGGAAGACCUACAAAAGUGACCUGUUUGUUGAGACAAACUUCAUUUGGUAUCAACUUUGUUAUUUGUAUUUCUUCCAUUUUGGGGAAAACCAUUACUGUUAUCAUUGCAUUCAAUGCUAAAAGACCUGGAAGCAGGCUCAGAAACUAUGUUGGUACCAGGGUCCCUAAAUAUAUUCUUCUACUAUGUACACUCCCUAUGAUUUUCAUCUGUGCAUUUUGGAUGAUAACCCUGCCUCCAUUCCCUGACUAUGACUCCCACUCUGAAACAGGAAAGAUCAUUUUGCAGUGCAAUGAGGGGUCAUCUUGUGCAUUUUACAUAAUGGUUGGUUACAUUGCCUUGUUGGCUUUUGUUAGUUUCUUUGUUGCUUAUCUUGUCCGUAAAUUACCAGACAUAUAUAAUGAAGCACAAUAUAUAACCUUCAGCAUGUUACUGUUCUGCAGUGUGUGGAUCUCCUUCAUCCUGGUAUAUGUGAGCACCACAAGCAAAUACUUAGCAGUGGUGGAGAUAUUUGCCAUCCUUGUUUCCAGUGCAGGAAUUCUUUUCUUUAUAUUUAUCCCAAAGUGUUGUAUUAUCUUUUUUAAACCACCAGUGAGCACUAGAGGUCAUUUAAUAUAG